AUGUGCUUCUUUGUAGGGAAUGAUUUCCUUCCCCACUUACCUUCACUAGAAAUCAGGUAAAAUGCCAAAAUAUUUUUGUUGUAAUAAAAUCGUACUGCAUGUACAUUAUAGCUUUAGAACCUGUAAUGUAAUUCUACACAUAGGUCGAAACCAUUCACGUGAAACUUGAACUUCAAAAAUACUUUUAUAUGAUGCAUUUCCUUCAUGUUGAAUUUGCUUUAGCAGUAUUUUUUGAAUCCAUUAUUUUAGUCCCCUGAUUGUUCAUGUAGUACAAACCUCUUUUGGUACUGUUUCAGCAGGUAGUUACCAUAAUCAUAAGUUUUGUUGUUUUUCUCCAGAGAGGGAGCUAUUGAUAGACUGGUGGGCAUUUACAAGAGAGUUUUACCAAGAUGUGGGGUAAGAGCAAUGGAUAUUCUUGCAGAUUGUCAUCAUUAUGUUCAUUGUUGUCAAUGAAGAAGUUUUUUAAGCUCGCUUACUCAAUGGGCUAGGGUCCAGGCAAGGCAUCUUGCAAGCAAGUAUGCAUGCAAACAAGCACGCAAGCAUGUAAACAAGCAUGCAAGCAAUCAUGCAAGCAUGCAAACAAGCAAGCAUGCAAGCAUGCAAACAAGCAAACUUGUAAGCAUGCAAGCAAUAUGAAUGUGGGAGCUGCUUGUUCAACAGACAGGCAGGAAUUUAAGUCUUGGACAAUCGCCACCUUUAUGAUAAAGCACCUCCGUAAUGUGCUCACAGUGUACUUGUGCAAGUUAAAUGUGGGUAUUUACAAUGCAUGAUGCAUACUUUAAUCUAUUUACAGGGCUAUCUAGCAAAACAUGGAAUUGUUGAUUUGAAUCGAGUUCAAAUGGUUCUUCAAGGUGCGUAGAAAGAUUUGAUAAGCUUGAAGAUAGUUAUAAUAAUAACAUAAGUAUUCAUCAUAUCUGUCAAUCAAGCCUUCAAGGAUCUGAUCUUAGUUUGAUUCUUGCGAUCAUGAUGUCUUCUAAGACAAAAAUAAUUGCUUCACUCCAUCUUUCUUUACCAGCCCAGUGUAUAAAUGGGUAUCAGUAAUUUUCAUUUUGUAUAGUACUAUUGGGCGUAACCCUGCAAUGGAUUGGCAUUGUGUCCAACGCCCAGCCAUUUUGACCUUUUUCUUGGUCAAUAAUGCAUAGUUAUAGGUGUAAUGCGAUGUAAUUUUAUUCAAGAUUCGUAACCCAUCUGGCAUGUAUGGUGUGUAUUUUGUCAUGUUAUUAGAGUAGUAACCAAACCUAUGUGUUCAUUUAGAGCUUGGUUACGUUGAAGAUGAGAUUUUUAAGAAGAGGCAAGCAAAUGAUGUGAGUACUCUAAAUUUAAAUAAAUUUUGAUGGAUUAGAAUAUUAAAAUAUUGCUUACAUGUUGAUAUGGUUGUGACUUAUGACCAUUGUACGUACAUGAACUUGUAUGUGAAGUAAUACAUUUGUAAUACAGCUCUGUAAGUGCUCCUAGUGGUUUUACUACUUACUUGUUGGGUGUAUCCUUCCCCACCAUCCCCCCUUCCCUCCCCCCUUCACUCCCCCCUUCCCUUCCCCCCUUUCCUCCUCCCUUCCUCCCCUUCGCCCCUCUUACUCCCUUCUAGACCACACAAAAUAUUGUUGCAAUGUAAGUAAAAGUUUGUCGCAACAGAUGAUUUUGUUUUUUUAUAGCUGGCAUACAAAAGACGUCUCAAGGAAAACAAAGAAAGGGAGAGACAGAAAAGACAGCGAAUGGUAUGUUUUUUGGUUAUUAUAAUAAUUAUGACCACAGUUUUCAGUCUAGACGCUAAGAGUCCAAGUAAUACUAAGUUUUUGGUCUGUCUAUAAUGUCAUAUAACACUAGUUCAUGAUAAUCUUUAUCUCCUUGGUGGUUACAAUUGUAGUUCUGCAUACAGCUUUACAUGUAGUUCCACAUUUAUCAUAAUAAUUGAAAUGAUUGCUUUUGGGCAUUUUUUUAAACCAAUACCAAUAUUGCAUUGACUGUGCAUCUGAGUGAAAGGUUUGAUACAAUGUACGUUUUGAUCUUGAUAUCAGGAUGCACCUCUAUGGACACCCAGUGGUCAGUUUAGUCCACACGUCAUAACUAACACACCCUCGCCUGUUGUGUCUCCCCGCCAAGAGGCUUAUGCCAUGCGACAACAAGCCAUGUCUUACAGUGCUGGGAACACAACACCACAGGAUAAAGCAAAUAAGGUACAGUGGCUUUAGCAAUGCAGCUGUUAUUACAACGAAAACUCUAACACCUUCCUCUCUUUAAUGGCAAACAACUUGCCUCUUUCCCCAAAUUUGCAUUUUUCAAGGCUUUGGCUGAACAUUGAAUUAAGCUCUUAAGAUCUGAAGUAGAAACCUCUUAAUCAAGAAUUUAAGAAGUGUACAUCUGAAAUUUUUUUUUAUAAAAAUGUUGUCUAACUUCAGAAUUAGAUGGUAACUAUGAUAUAGUCUGUAGAACUUGUAGACGCAUUGAAUUUGACUUUAGGUAAGGUAAAAGUUCACAUCCAGUGGAUGUUUCAUAUAUUUUUUUAUAUCUUUAUAUCUUGGUAUCUGCUUCAUAUUAUUCAGAGUUAUACUGGAAAAUAAUAACUGCAGUCAUUGUUGUUUGUUACUGUAGAGUGCAGCAGCAGACCUGAGAGCUAUGCUCACUACACCUUCUCCAAAUGCAAGUAUGGUGAGUAAAAUACAAGUGAAUAGUUUAAUGUACAAAAGUCUCUACAUAUAUUAUAGUAUGUUUGUGUUAGUGUUGACAUUGCACACCACACAACAGCAUUUGCACCUUGCCGGUCUGGAGCAAAGUGGACUACUGUUUAAUGCAAACCAGAGUGAUGAUUUCCAACUUUUAUUUGCAAUAUGUAUGUCAUUUACAAUGUAAUUACCACAAAUUCGGUUCUCAGGUUUCAACCUACAUGUACUCCCCAGUUUCUGGAUAUCAGAUGACUUGUUCUGCUGAUUUGUAUCUUUCUAAACUCUCUUUGUAUUGUUCUCUGAGGGAUUUUUCUUAAAAUUUGAUGGUUUUAUUUUCAGUUCUUGUAUACUACUGGGCAUCAAAUCUUUAUAAUCAGUCUUAAAAUAUUUUAGCUGUAAUCGUUUCAACCUUACAUAAAUUAGCUAGGUUGUUUUAUUGACUAUGCAAAAGAAAAUUUAUUUUACAUUCCUUAUCACUUUAUUUUAUUUUUUUUAUUCCUGUUUUACAUGUAUUUUUACCAAUAUUUUCUAUCACUUUAUUUAAACUGUAGUUAUCUGCUGCAAGUACACCCAAUUCUGUUCCUGUAUCAAACAAGAGAAAGAAAGAUGAUGAUGAUGACGAGGAACCGAAAGACGAUAUCAGGUAAAGUUGGCCAAAUAGACUGUCAGCAAUACUAGGUAUCCCUUUUUGUCCUCAGUUAAUGUACAUGUGCCAGCUGGCUGGUGAAUGUGUUUGUUGGUAUACUUUUCUCCCCUUCAAAAAAACAGGAAAAGAAAGACAUUACCUGCAGGCUAUCAGCUUAAUAUGCACUGGGGUAUAAUAACACCCUGGAUACCAAAGGGUUUUUUGUGGUGUUUGGUUGUCUCGUUGUCUUAUUAGAUGAGGUGUGGGUGCUACAACAGCAUUUCCCAACCCCUUACUCUAACAGGGGUUAUUCUAAUACCAUUGCAGCCAGUACUAAGGGAAGUGUCCGUGCAGGAUACAGCUGUUUUGAGAAUGAUUGUCGGAAAAAGUGCACGCGACAAUCCCGAAAGGUAUUGUGGGUGGUUUUGAGUUCACUGUUUGUCAAAGAAAUUUGAAAGAAUGGCACGAGAGGCCAUGGAUGUAUGUCUGUGAGUGUUAAAGGAAAGCAACAAAAGUAGAUUCGACAGCUACAGUGUCAGGAACAGUGUAUUGCUCAUAUCCCUUAUUACCUUUCGGGAUUGUCACGUGCACAUUUUUUCCGACAACCUUUCUCGAAAUAGCUGUAUAUGUCGGCCUUAUACAGAGUCAAAAAAGAUGCCUGGGUGAUCAUCUUGGUGUCCAUUUACAUGUAAGGGGGGCGUUUGUAUUACAGCAAGUCAAACAAAGGACUCAGGGGUGACAGGGACAAAUUCUAGUGCAUUUAAGAAAGGUGUCCAGUUUCUAAAUUAUUGUUGUCUGUUGUGAGUGACAGUGUUGACCGUAUUUACUAUGAGACUAUUCCCUAACCUCUUACCGUAAAUCCUACAAGCCCAUAUGAGGGGGGCUAUUUGAGAGGGGGAGCUUAUUUAAUUUAGAAAAGACUAUGGUAUCAGUUCUCCAUAAAGACCUAGAUUACAAAGUGGAAAAGCUCAAGUACAAGAAGGUUGGAGGUCAUGCAGCCGAGGAUCAGAAUAAAAUCCAAACUUCCUGUUGGUAAAUAAACCAUCCCAGAUCAGUCCCCAUGAAGUUUUACAGUUGUGAUUGAUUAAUGUGGUCUAUCAUUUGUCAGCGAAGAAUAUUUAGGAGAGAGGAGGGGGGGAGGUGGUUAUUAGAGGGAAGGGUGUAUUUGAGAGUGGAGACUUAACAGAGGAUUUACAGUACCUAAUUUUUUCUGUUAUCAGGUUAUGGGAAGCAGGUUGGAAGGGUCGCUAUUAUCAAAACAAGUUUCAUAUAUCUGAGAAUGAAGAAGGAUAUGAUGAUUUCCGGAAGAAAGUGGUAACAUACUAGAUUCCUUAUCUUGAUUGUUAUUAGACUGGAAACAAAAGUACAAGAAAUAUUGCUAAAAUUUUGGUGGAGAAGGCCAAUGAAAGUGUAAACACUCUUUUAUUUUAUUUUCUCUUUCUUUGACAAGGCUGAUGCUUAUGUUGAGGGACUCUGCUGGGUUUUACUUUACUAUUAUCAGGUAAGUAAUUACUGAAGCUGUUUGUAUUAAUUUUGAGUUUAUAGUACUGAAAGAAGUGGCCAAAACACCCUCACAUUGAGGAGGUGUGGGGGGCUUUACAGGACACUCCCAUCCGUGAGGACUGAUAGACACAAUUUUUUGGCCUGUAAAUUUAUGCGAAACUUAGAUAGUUUGUGUACAUGAAACUUUCAUAGUUAGAUAAACUGCACAGGGACAUUUACUUGUAUAUCUUCUACUUGUGGUAGAGAGGAGGCUAUUCGAGUGAGACGCGUCUUUUUAAGGGGGCAGGAAAUUGGUCUUAAAUUAAUGGUAUUUUUUUUAUAAAUUAACCAUCCCUUUUUUUUCUUCAGGGAUGUCCAUCUUGGAAGUGGUUUUAUCCUUAUCAUUAUGCACCAUUUGCAUCUGAUUUUCGUGAUCUUGGUUCACUUCCCAACUCAUUUGAACGUGGAACACAACCGGUAACUGAAUCUCAAUUUAAUGUUAUUCAAUUAUAUACAAGACGUGCUUGCUUUCCAUCUUUUUUUUGAUAUCUGUCAAGUUCGUAUUACCAGUGAAAAUGUGAAGAAAAAAAGGCAGUUAAUAAACUUUUCUUGUGGCAUGGGGCUUCAACGCUCGCCGCUCGCGCCUUUUUUACACGUGCUUCUCCGGCGUGGGUGUUACACGUGCUACUCGUUUCAGUAACUUUGAAGAAAAUAAGAGACAACUUGCAGUGUAAUUAAUGUGUAUAGUGGAAUUCUGAAUAUUUGCACUUUAUUAUUUGUCCAUCUUUUUUUCUUGAUGUGCAGAAAUAGCUACUCUGUUAGUUUGAAUAAUAUUUAUUCUGCUAUGUCUGAAGUCUCUGAAUCAUGUUUACAGCGUUCUUUGAUUCGUUUUCUUUUGCUCUGAUUGCAGUUCAAACCUUUGGAGCAGUUGAUGGGUGUGUUCCCAGCAGCCAGCGGCAAAUUUCUGCCUCCCACCUGGAGAGAACUUAUGUCACACCCGGUAAAUGGACACUCUUCUUUUCUCAUUGAUUUUUGAUUGACUGUUUAGAUGAUAUGUUCGUCGAUGUUUAUUAUUUAAAUAGUAUAUUCAUUGAUUGAUUAAAUGAUUGAUUUAUUAAUGAUUGACUGCUCUUUGUGUUUCAGGAUUCAGCAAUAAUUGACUUUUAUCCUUUGGACUUUGAGAUUGACCUCAAUGGAAAGAAAUAUGCUUGGCAAGGUACCUUAAAGAACUUAAGAAACAUGCACUAACACAGCGCAACACAACAAAUUGUUUGAGCCUCUCUCAGGUGAAAGAAAUACUUGGCUCUGACACUUAUACACAGGCACACCAAUCAAAUAAAAUUAACUGGUUACAAAUGCACCUACCAGGAGGUAGUCCAACUGUUGGCUAUUGGUUGACACAGUAGUCGUUUGAAGGGGGAAGAAAGGGAGAUAUUGCAUGCGGAAACAUGUAUGGCAUUCUCUUGGACCCAGUAGUAACAUCUUCCAUGUAUUUUUCACCACAGGUGUGGCUUUGCUACCUUUUGUUGACGAGAAGAGACUGCUAGGUGCUCUUAGUAAUGUAUAUCCUGAUUUAACAGAUCUGGAAAGUAAGUUUAUGCAACAUUUCAUUUCUAAUGGCAGUGCUUCAUAGUAGGUGGUACUUUAGGAGGGUGCCUUGGUCCUUAAGUUUUUUAGGAAGCUGUGGCCAAAGCGUGACACAACAGCAGCAGUGAUUAUCUCUAGUGUAGCAUAUUCGCAAAACCUACCCUUAAGCGUGACUAAGCUGUUAUUUUCAGCUUGUCUUGCGUGACACCACAGUAAUGUGGUGACGUUCUGAAAACUUGGAGAUGUACUCAUUUCACAAGCUAACCAUUCUUUGGUUUAUUUGUCUCGUUUCAGAGAAGCGGAACAGUCGUGGUAAAGAUCGUCUGUUCGUUCGUCAGGGCAAUCCUACAUUUGACUUCUUCGUUGGUUUAUAUGAAGGAGACGGCAUUAAAGAGGUAAGCCUCUACAAUGUAUUUUUAAAGGUUAUUGCUUCUUCCUGCUUGACGCAAACCAUUCGAGUAUCCGAACUCAGAACUUCUGAGAACAAAUCCAGCUAGUGGUCAAGUGUGAGGGAGGACUUAACUUGGGAUCUCUGGAUAGCAAGUACAGUAUUCUAACCUCUCAGCCAUGAUGCCUAGCCACAAGCAGCCACUUGUACCUUCCCCGAGCUAUGGUGGCCUCACAGCAGAGAUUUAACUGCUCAUAUCUGGUGUGUUGUAUCUUUUAGGCAGUCGACGUAGUAGCAGACCUAACAGGGGGUAUGUCAGGCAAGGUACAGACAGAUGAUUGCCCCAUCCUACCUCACAAGUAAGUUCAUUCAGAUGAGUAAUUUUUGAAUUGCAUGGUCGUUUUAAGAUGAAAUGAUCACUGAUAGUACUUCAAAAAGUUAUUGCGGUCACUUCAAGAGGUGGUCGUUCAUGAGAGGUUCCAACUAUAGGGUUUUGAGAGGGAAUAUUUUUUCGCUUUGGAGAGAUGGUCGCCAACAAGAGAGAUAGCCACACUUGGAGGUUCAACAGCAGAAGCUUUUCUUUGAAUGAUAGCAUUGAACCAAAUGUAUCUCCAUAUCCUUGCGAAUCUGUUUAGGUUUCUUUGCUUAUGCAGUCUGUUAACUAACGUUUACAUAACAGUCCCAAUGUGCAGGUCGAUACUACACCAGCCAAGUCUCUUACGUGACCUCCAACUGGAAGAGCCUAAAAAGUAGAGGUCUGAUACGUUCACACACUUAAACAAACUAAACUAUCUUUGACAGCUUAAUAAACAGGUUUUCCUUCAAUGUCUUUUCAGAACAGUUCCUUCACCCGUUCCUCAACUCUACGACCUCAAAGAUAACAGAACCAUCAGGUAAACAACAAUAACAUCAACAACACAAACACAACAUAGCAUGUCAAACUCGCUCCCAGGGUCCUCUCUUAGUCAUUCUCCAGCGUAAGAGUAGGAGAAAAACCUGGGAACAAGGCUGCAUAGCAUGUAUGACUCAGACGCGAUUCACCAGUUUUAUAAGUUUUUCUGUCAGAGUGUAAUGUUGAAAACUAAUUGUUUGUCGUAUUAUUGAAUUGUUCACUUUUAGUGUGUUUUUCAUCGACCCUGCUUAUGAUACGGAUCAUAUUUUUAAGGCGGAUGUCUUACCUAAGGCGGAGUAAGUGAAAGUUAGAUAAUUUAUUAAGUCCUCGUUGUAUUGCUUUUUAUAUAUUAAAUGCUGUAUGUACUUACACUUUUAUCUAUAUGUACCUCGUUGGGGCCUCAAAAACAUUCCAUGGUACGGGGAUACCCCCUCCCCCCUUCAAUGUGCAAACCCCUCCCUUCUCUUGUGUCUAACCCUUCUCCCCGAUGUCCAACCCUUCCCUCUCCGAUGUCCAAAACCAUUCCCCCCCUCCCAAUGUCCUAACCCCUCCCCCCUCUUAUGUCCAACCCUUCCCUCCCCCUGAUGUCUGACCCUUCCUCCCCCCCCAUGCCCCAACCCUUCACCCUCCCCUACCCCACCCCCCCCCUCCCCCUACUUCUCAACCUUCCCACCNACCUAAGGCGGAGUAAGUGAAAGUUAGAUAAUUUAUUAAGUCCUCGUUGUAUUGCUUUUUAUAUAUUAAAUGCUGUAUGUACUUACACUUUUAUCUAUAUGUACCUCGUUGGGGCCUCAAAAACAUUCCAUGGUACGGGGAUACCCCCUCCCCCCUUCAAUGUGCAAACCCCUCCCUUCUCUUGUGUCUAACCCUUCUCCCCGAUGUCCAACCCUUCCCUCUCCGAUGUCCAAAACCAUUCCCCCCCUCCCAAUGUCCUAACCCCUCCCACUUCUUAUGUCCAACCUUUCCCUCUCCCUGAUGUCUGACCCUUCCUCCCCUACGAUGUCCGAACCCUUCACCCUCCAGUGUCCAAACCCCUCCCUACUCUUAUGUCCAACCCUUGCCUCCCCCUGAUGUCCAACCUUACCCCUUCGAUAUCCAAACCCUUCCCCUUCUAAACAAAAAUGUCAAUAAACAGUUACCCCUUCAUAUACCUUCCCAAGAAAAUAAUAUCCCCUUCAUGAACCUACAAAAAGGUUUUUUGUAAUUAGCUGUGGGAGUUUGCCUCAUGUUCCUUGUGUGUGACCUUUUAAAAUAAUAACGUAAAUUAGCCAUCGAUCGUGUCUUUUACAAAUGUACCGUACUUUGAAAGACCCUUUCAAACGCUUUAAAACUAAUAUUCCUUACCCUUUUCUAUCUGCUAUCUCGUUAAAUUCCUACCAUUUUUCAGAUACCUAGAUUACCCCUUUUGGGUGGAACAUCUCCCCUGUAGUUCCAUUACAGGGAGUUCCAUCUGUGUAUAAGCUGAUUACUAGAUGAUCACAUGGUCAGACCAGUUAGUUCUCUGCAGCUCGAUUAUGGAUACCCAUCCCAUACAGUAAUUGUUUUUUCCAGGUGCAACUUGCACUUAACGCAAGCAGUACGGGUAAAAUUUCUUGUAUUACGGAUUAUCACGCCAGAUCGUUUGCUAGUCGUCCUACCAAUCGCGUUUUACACGUAAUUCUUUAUUUUUUAGUACUGUAAUAACUCAGAUCACCUACCCCUCCCCUAAGCCAACAUUUUGCCCUAUGUGACAAGUAAGUGUUGAUGUUGGCUUAAGAGAGGGGUAGGUGGGCAGUUUCCCAGAAACGCAUAAAGAUCCAAUGACUAUUCCUUAGUCUAAAGCAUCGCCUGUGAUUUUCUCUUCACCAGUCCCCCUGCUCGUGUUCUCAAGCCAGAAGGUUAUGAUAGUAACAGGCCAUACAGACCAGUUAUUGGAAUGAACGCUAACAGAACCUCGUUUGCUCAUUUGGGUGAUGCGGGGCGGCGGAUGCUUAAGUAAGUAGAGUAGUAAUCUGUAGUGGUACCUGAUGGUGUGACUGUGCUUUAUAUGAUUCAAUUAGUGUUCUGUUGUGUGUCCUGAUAGGGUGACUGUGCGUUAUUGAUUCAAUUGAUUUUAUGACAUGCAUGUGAUAAACAAAUCCUUUUUUAAGACAAAAAAUAAACUUAAAGAGUAAGUGGAUGUGAGGCACCAACCUGGUCCCCACGUUUCUGUGUAAUCUCGUCUCCAGGGCUUUUUCCCAAAGAAAAGGGAAAAGCCCUGGGUCAGACAGCCUGUUCCAGGCGAUCAGAUUGUGUGGACGGCGCAGAGAAGGUGUGAGCAGGAAAAAAACAGCGUCUCUUCCUCCUUUUUCCUCCCGCUCUCUCACUUCGCGCUGCACUCCGCUAUCUAACCGUUGGAGCUUUCAACAAGCUACUCCGUUGUAGCCGCCUACACAGACGUACUUAGGGGUUCGUCACGCGUUGGGGAGGAUUGCGUGACGAGCCAACAGAACCUCUUCGUGUGAAGCUAACUCUGGGGACGAGGUUGUGGUUUGAAGAUUUAUACUCCUGGUGUAAUCUAAAAAUUUCAAAUAUCGCAUCUGAAGGAAGCUAUAUAAGUUGUUCUCUUUUUAGGGUAGCAUUUUGAUGACAACUUUUCCUCUCUUUUCUUGUCAGUUUUCACAAAGGGGAUCUUUUUCGUCCCUAUACUCCCGCCAGCUACGUGCCGCCCUUUCGGUCGAACUCAUGCCCUCCGCAGAAUGAUUCCAGGCAUGGUUACCCUGAUCGUCCAAGAUCCAAUCCGGGUACACCUGUAUCGUCACGUGGUAAUCAUGAUCCAAGACGACAGAUCUAUGACAGAAAUCGCGCUCCACAGUACAACUCGGGAGGUUACCAAGGCAACCAAUCCUAUUACAAUUCAGGGGGUUACCAAGGUAACAGAUCCCAGUACAACUCGAGUAAUUACCAAGGAAACUGGUCACAAUCAAACGCAUACUCUCGAGGACCUGGGUCGAGUCAAUCUCAGUACUCUCGCGGUAGCUAUCAACACUCGUCACGUGACCCUCGACAGCAGCAGCAGUAUUACAAUCGACAAGGACCUCCCAACAGGGUAAGUUGAACGAUCAAAAACCUUAUUCUCUCAAAUAAGGAAGCGAUUCCGUACAAGAGUACGCGAAAUCUUCUUGCUUUUUUAUUUAGUUAGGUAACGUCCUCUCUUUCUGUUUUCGUUAUUGCAAGGAUCUAUUUCGCAAAUGGUCGCUCCUACCCUUGAAUCAAAUAUCAUUCCUUGGUUUCCCUCUUAUCGCUACAACUGAACUACUUUGCUGAGCCUUCUUGCAUGGCUGCUAAUAAUUUGUCAUUUUUGGAUAAACAUAUGUCCUAUCAUUUCAUUUCAUUUCAUUUUUAUCGGUUAAUUCAAAUUUACAAUUUUAUUUUCUCACUGCCCUCAAAUAGCAAAGGUUAGUUUAGGUGGGCAGUGUACAUAUUAAAAAAACAAACAAACAAAAUACGCACUCCAAAUUGUAUUCAAUUCACAAGUGAACAAAAGUAAUUUAUAUAAAUGUACAAAUGAUAAAGAACAGCAGAAGAACAGAAGAAAAGUUAGCAUGCUUAAAACAAUGCGAAGGUUAACUGGAAUUCAGAAUAUAAAUCAGGAAGUUACAAGUACACUAUUAAGACGAUUGCUAAGAUAAUGAGUGGGUGAAUAUUACGGACACCUGGAACAUGCCGACUUUGUAGUUCAGUUAUCCCGGAUGUGCCUUAUGCGCUGUCCUCAGUAUUACCGCGCUUGCGCAAUUAAAUUGACAACUUGUUAAUUGUGGUUUUGUUUGUACCUCAGGAUGAUCGUCGCCAUUCGUACCCGCUUUCCAAUUACCGUUACAGACCGUACUAA